UUUAAUUGUUGGUCAACAAGGUCUUUUUUUCUCAGCAUUGUACAAACUUUGUGAUGAGAGAAUUUUUUGCCCAUUAGAAUAGUAUCAGGCGAGUCAUCACGAGCGCUAAUCGAAGUGUGCGUGGUAAAAACCUUCAUCAUCACCACCAGACGAUAGAAUUGCCCCAUGAGAUUCGAACCUUCGGACUUGGGGAUGGCGUUCCACCCCUUCUUACUUCCGCCCCGGCCGAGCGACUUCAGCGUGAGUUCCAUCCUAACGCCGCCGCAUCCCUAUUUACCGGCGGCGCCCUUUCACUCGUUGCCACCGCCGCCCCUCUUCCCGAAGCCGCCCCUGACAGCGGAAGACGUGCUGGUGCCCCUCAGGGGCCACCCCCCGCUCAGGGGCCUCGAACCACCUGAAGAUGAUGGUGUCAAAGAUGACCCAAAAGUGACUCUAGAAUCCAAAGAUCUCUGGGAUCAGUUCCACACCUUUGGAACUGAAAUGGUCAUCACCAAAUCUGGAAGACGCAUGUUCCCAGCUUACAAAGUUCGGGUAAGCGGCUUGGACAAAAAAGCAAAAUACAUUCUUUUGAUGGACAUCGUGGCUGCAGACGACUGUCGUUAUAAAUUCCACAACAGCAGGUGGGUAGUGGCGGGAAAAGCUGAUCCGGAGAUGCCCAAAAGGAUGUACAUUCAUCCCGACAGUCCAUCCACGGGUGAACAGUGGAUGCAAAAAGUUGUCUCUUUCCACAAACUAAAGAUCACCAACAACAUCUCAGAUAAACAUGGAUUCACGAUCCUGAAUUCUAUGCACAAGUACCAACCCCGGUUCCAUCUGGUGCGGGCGAACGACAUCCUCAAGUUACCCUACUCCACGUUCCGAACGUAUGUCUUCAAGGAGACCGAAUUCAUUGCAGUUACCGCCUACCAGAACGAAAAGAUAACUCAACUCAAAAUCGAUCACAAUCCAUUUGCCAAAGGUUUCAGAGACACCGGUGCUGGAAAAAGAGAAAAGAAGAGGCAAACGAUGCUUCUCUCACAAGAUGGCAGUUCACGUGAUAAAACUGGCAUGUCAAGUGAUCACAAAAUGGACGAUGACAGCAGUGACGAAGAAGAUGAGAAGGUAGACGUUGGGGGAGUAGCAGACCUUCAGCCCAAUUUCUGCUUCUCAGGAGACCAAGAAGUACCCAGUGACGGACUUAAUUCCAAAGAGAUGAAUGGGGAUUCCUCGAAACGUAAUCCACUGCCAUUGAAUUUCGACAAAACUCAGACAUCUUCGAAGCCAUCUUCACCAGUCAUCAUUAACGAAAGUGGGCCAAGUGUCAGUAUAUCUUCUUCUUUUCCUCCAUCACAUAUGAUGCCCUAUCUUUACUCAUCAGGACUGUAUUUACCACCUCCUCCACCGGGCAUGUUCCUUCCAGGAAGCAAUCCCCCACCGUUCCCGCUACCAGGACCCUUUAGUCAACCUCCAUCCACCUCUUCGUUCCAUCCUAGUUUACUCUUCAACGCCCACAUGGCUUUGUCUCAGUCCAUCUUCAACCAAAGUUACUCUUCUACCUCAGAUCCACUAAAGUAUCAUCCACAAAGGUUCUGGCCUUAUCCCAUCGUGUCCACACCAGGAUCUCUCCCUGGAUCAAUUCAGUCAGUAGUCUCACCAAUGUCCACCAGUUCCCCAUACGAUGGAACUCAUUUCAACAGGUCGUCGCCAGGCUCCGAUGGUGGAACUAGUUCCGUUGGCUCAUCUUCGAGUGAUCUAAAAAGCAUGGAGAACAUGGUGAACGGCUUGGAACGACAACAAAGCAUGCCGGUAACGUUGUCAACUUUGAGAGACAAAUAG